AUGGUUGGAUUAAUAAACCAUAAUUCUAUUGGUUGGGAACGCCUUCGUCAUAUUCCUGAUUGGAACAAUGGAGCCGAAUUCGAUGUCCUGGCUUUGUCCUUGCCAUACAUGAUCGCGACGUCGCGGACUGACGACUACAUCGGUCACUAUUAUGUCAAUCUUGUCACUGUGAACUUGAUGGUUGUUGAGUCAGAAAACGGCAUCAGGAAGCGCGUUGCACUUGCAGAGGCUGCUCUGAAGAUCUGGGUACAGCAUAUGGGCUUCUAUCAUAAUUUCCAUGACUCAUCUGUUAUCAGUAGACCAGAGCCUGGGUCAAUGCCUUAUGAAGUUGAAUUGGAGCUACAAUGCUCAGGUAUCCACAGAAGACGAUAUGCUUACCGAUAG